AUCAUCAAUACCCACCUGUCAUCACUCCGGUAUUGACCAAACGCAAUGUCACACAUGAAGAGAUACGACAUUCCAACUCUACUGGGGAUGUGUCACAAUGGCAGUAUCCCCUUGGAGAGGUUUAGUGGUCCAGCGCUGGAGAGUGCGUGUCUCCCCACUUUCAACGCGUAGAGUCAACAUCAACUUACUGACUUUACUUCAUCUGGCCCAGACAAUCUGGUCCGCCUGCAAGCUCGAAGCACAAACCCCCUCUCGGAACAGCCUGUCAAUCAACCCAGGACUGUACCUGACUCUCCAUGCCCAGGGGCGGCCAUUUCGGGCAUGCAGCCCUUGCCUCAUCCUCCUCCCCAUACUCCGCUCCAGUCUUUUCGACCGAUCUUGAGCCAGGGCAGUGACGGGUUCCAGCAAUUUGUAAAAGCUCAUACCUCCCCGAAGCAUCAGCGUGUUACUGCUGGUGGCCGCAUUGUGCCGAUGGAGCCACAGCUUGCUGCUCCAGACUUUGGCUUGCCACGAGCGGAUGAAACUGAGGGUAGAAAGGAUGAACCGACUAGCACUGAAAACACCCCCACACAGGCAAUGCACACGAACCUUGCCGCUGGUGGUAAAUUGAAAACACCAUAUGUGACCCCGGUGGAUUUGCCAGACAUUUAUCAGCAGCCGAAUGCUACUAAUGACCAGAGUCAACCCCAGCCCCCAGGAUACGACUCGGGAUACGCCCCGGUGUUCCCACCAGUGGCCCCGAUUCCGGGUAUGUUCCUGCAACCUCGAAUGCCUGUUGAAUAUAAGAAUCAGCAGUACGCCCCCCGAGCGGAGUAUCUAUCUCAGCCAUAUUAUCAAGCAGUGCUCCCAGAACCUCACAUGCAUGGGGUCGACACUCCUAUUUGGUACCCUAAUGCGAAUCCCGUGAUGAACGCACAAGGUCCUGCGACUCCUUUGCCUGCAGUCAUCCAGCCUUACAACCCUGCUACAGCAGUCCCAGGCUAUAUAGCUGGUUAUCAUCAUCAGACUGCCAUGGCGCCUUCAACCCUCGGCCAGUACCCCCAAUAUCCAGCACUUUUCGAUACGCGCUAUGUGAACUCGGCAUCCCAGUUAAAUCCAGAUACACCGAAGACAGCCCAACCCAUCACUCUGAGCCAAACUCCCGUACUUACCGGGCCUUCCAUCGCCGAGAUGCCCAGUCGCAAAUCUUUCGAGGAAGCCAGGAAGCGACAUGAUCUCCUUUCCGGGCAACUAUCUCGUCUGGACAGAUACACUGCUCUGCAUUCGUGGGAGAUUGACCCUGAAUCGAAGCAAUUAUUUGUGCAGCAGCGCAUGUCUUUGGUGAAAGAAUUAGACACGCUCCGCCUGUACAGGGAGCAGCUGGAUGCCAUUUAUGGCUCAAAUAUGGGCGUUUCAAGCGUCAAAAGAGAAGCCGUUCCUGUUUACCAAACCCGACCUAAGUCAAGUAGACUGGACAAAUCAGCAAGCAAUCGUGCUCCUGGGCCCCUCCCCUUGUCUUCAUCUAGUUCACUGUCUGCUGGUCCAGGUUGGACCAACCCUGGUCCUCUCAUUGUGCCCCCAAUUCAUCAAGCGCAUGAGUCUCUUGAACAGCCGUUCUUGAAUCAGGGCAUGAAGACCGUGAAAAAUUUGGCUGACACUGUCGGGCCGAGGAGUAUGCUGUCCGGAUGUGAGUCACUGACAGAGUCUAAUCUUCUCUACAACGAGCACAUUCGCCAGGCUGAUUUUGCUCCUGUCAAACGGGCCCUGCGUGCGCAAACAACCAAAGCAGCCUUCCCUGAAGGCCCCGGACGUGGAGCGGUACAGCCGGACGGAACUUCGAGGCUUCAAAAGCUUUAUAAUAAGAUCGAAGCGGCUAGCACUCGGCAUGAACCAGUUAGCGGGCUACUCCGAGAAUUAUCUGUCGUGACUGCUGGACUCAUCAACGACGGCAGCAAGAGAGAUGAUGGGGCAACGCCACGGAUCUUUGGAAGACGCGCUCCAUUGACCCCAUUGACCAUCGACCGCACCAGCGCAGGGUUCUCGGCCAAAAAUGUCCCGGAUUAUGUUCCUGAAAAUUCCCGUGGCAUGCAGCACAUUAGGAGAUUCUGGGAAUCAGAACCGUCUCCCGAGAUUCCUAGCAAGAAGCUCAGGGAUGUUUCUCCUUCUCCUGAGACGGAUGAUGAAAGCCAUAGCAGAGGCCCCUCGUCGCACGUAUCCACAACGGAUUCAUGGACUACAGUCCAUAAAAGCGAGCAAGUUUACCUAACCAUAAAAUACUUGAUAUUUCCAGAACAUACACUGACGACCGCAGUCAACGUGACUUCGGCAGGGAUUCACUCAGCAACGAGCACCACGGAAGACGCCUUGAUUCGAUCUGGAAAAGUCGGCCUGGGGAUCGCCUCCAUAAUUUCGAAACGCGACUGA